CACACAGCAGGAAGCCAGGAAGCCGCUUGUCUUCCUGUCUGUGACAGCCGCGUUAAAGGAAAAAAGGAAGGGUUUUUGCUGUACAUUUGGUCUCUUUUGGUCCAGAAGAAGACCUUCAAACCGCCGCAGACAUGUCGAAAAACACCGUGUCGGCCCGUUUCAGGCGAGUGGACGUGGAUGAGUACGACGAGAACAAAUUUGUAGACGAGGAAGACGGAGGAGAAAAUCAGCUGGGUCCUGACGAGGCAGAGGUGGACUCUCUCAUCAGACAAGGAAACCUCAUGGAGGCGUUGCAUGCAGUCCUGAAGAACCCCCCGAUCAACACAAAGAACCAGAACGUCAAGGAUCGUGCUGAGGGUCUUGUGCUGAAGGUGCUCAGUGCCUUUAAGAGCAGUGACAUCGAGAAAGGGGUUCAGUCACUGGACAAGAACGGCGUGGAUCUGCUAAUGAAAUACAUCUACAAAGGCUUUGAGAGGCCAUCAGAAAACAGCAGCGCCGUCCUGCUGCAGUGGCACGAAAAGGCUCUCGCAGCGGGAGGAGUGGGGAGCAUCGUCAGGGUCCUGACGGCGAGGAAAACGGUCUAAAAGCAGAGCAGGGAAGCGCAUAACAUCACCUUCACACAUCACUGUUCUUGUACCAGACAGCACUGAAUUUAAAAUGGAAAAAACUCAGUUAUAACCCACUGAUUUACAGAGUCGCUUGAGGCGGGACUAAAGCAGGACAUAGAAUCUGGGUCAUAUUGGGUUAAGAGCUGAUUUUCUCCCCCCCCCCCCCCCCCCCCCCCCCCCCCCCCCCUCGUGAUCACAGCUUAUAUCACAUUUCUCACCAGGUGCUAAAAUACUUUUACACCCAUUCCUCGAUCCGACGACUCUGCUGUUCAUGUGGGUUAAACUCGGACACAAAUGAUUACGAAAGAUGCAGAUCCACUGCUCACACCCUUUUUUUGGGGACUUAAAUUCUGACAUAACUUCUCCAAAACAGCGACACGUUUUUACGUUUCCCUACAUGGUUGGUGGUUUAUUCCAUUUCCAGAUGAAAACAAAGCACCAAAUCCUCUCAGAGCAUCACUCCAGCAGGGGGGGGGGGUCUUGUGAAAAGUACAGUCACAGAUGGAGGCUGACGAAUUUACCCACCGGGGCUUUUAUUCACCUCAGGGAGGGGCGGGAGAAGGAUUAUUACCCACGAUGCAUCACCCGCCACCACUUUUAUCAAUCCCACUUUGUUGCUCACAUCCUCUGUUGCUGAUCAGGGCGUUGUGGAACUCUGCUGCACUGGUUAACUCCACGUCACGAGACUAAAUCAGAUCAAACCCUUUCCUCUUCUGGCUCGUGGGCCAAAUUCCCAAUCAGUUAAGAUGAAACAUCAAAGGUUUACUUCUCAGAUGUUUUUGCUUUAAAUGGAGUGAAAUUGAGUAUUAAGAAAAGAAAUAUAUAAUUAGCGUGACUUAAAAUCAAGCGCUCCAUGCCUGCCUUUUGUACUUGUUUUCUGUCAGAAAAAUCCUGGUUUGAAUCACUUUUGAGUUAAAUUAAAAAUAAUCCUUACCUCCACAUAAAUGAGCAGUUAGUAGAUUUUACAUGAAAAUAAGGAAAAGUGGAAAUGUGAGAGCCGUUUCUGCUCCAUCGGGUGGGUUACAUGUUGCCAAAUGGUUUAUUUUUUUCUUCAUUUGAUUUCUGUAGCUUCUGUUUAGUUGAUUCAUCUCUAAAUAACGUAGAAAUGAGAGUUUAAGAGAAGUGUGUUUGGGAUGCUUGGGUGCAGAAACAAAGCUACGUUUGCUUUGUCUCGCUCUCUGUUAUUAUUCAUGAAAAAAAUGAAAAUUUCACUUCCAACUUCAUGUUUUGCUCCUUUUCAAACUCUAACUUUUAAAGUUUUGUUGGUUUGAUCACAAGUUGAUGUUUCACUGUCGCGUUUGACUUGUCAUCAGUGAUGGUGCAUCCAGACAUCAGAUCCGUUUUCUAAUGCAGUAUCGACAUGAUGAACACAAGCAAAGACAAGUCUGAGGAUUUUCUUUCUCUGUUUCAUGUAAAUGUUGGUGCAAGCAGGACGAGCAGACCAAACUGAUGUACAAACUGCCUUACUCAAAUAUUCCUUUUUUGUUUGUGCUUUUUUGAAGAAAAUAAAAGGUAUGAAUGCUAAAA